AGAAUCAUGAUCACUAACAUAGCAACGAAAUGGAGGGCUCUCAGCGGCGAGGGAGACUGGAAAGGUCUGCUAGAUCCUCUCGACCUCGAUCUCCGCCGGUAUAUCAUUCACUACGGCGAAAGAGUUCAAGCUGUUUAUGACGCAUUCAUUGGGGACGAGAAGUCUAAGCACUGUGGACUUUCCCGCUAUGCCAAGAGACACUUGUUCUCUAAGGUGGGGUUAGAACAGGGCAAUCCAUAUAAGUAUGAAGUGACAAAAUAUAUCUAUGCUACGACGUCAAAUAUCUCAAGCAGCCGCGGCUUUAUCAAGAGGUCCAUAUCUGUUGAUCCACCGGCUGGGGAUUCAAACUGGAUUGGUUACGUUGCGGUGGGCACCGUGUUAGGGAGGAGGGACAUUUUGAUUUGUUGGAGGGGAACGGAGGGGACGGGCGAGUGGGUGAUGAAUAUGCGGUUCGAUUUGGCCUCAGCUUCUGCAAUACUUGGAAAGAAGUAUGAUCCAAAGGUGCACGAUGGUUGGUACACCAUGUACACUACGGCUCACGCGGGUUCAGCGUACAAUUCCACUAGUUGUAGAGAGCAGGUUCUAAGUGAGGUAAGGAAACUUGUAGACAUUUACAAGGAUGAGGAAGUGAGCAUUACUGUGACUGGCCACAGCUUGGGCGCUGCAAUGGCAACUCUGAAUGCCGUCGACAUUGUUUACAAUGGAUAUAAUAAUAUGCAUGCAGGGCCGCGCACAAAUGAGCCAAUCAAGGCCUGUCUCGUCACAGUCUUUGUGUUUGGUGUGCCCCGCGUCGGGGACGAAGGGUUUCUCAAACUAUUCUCUGAUCUCAAAAAUCUUCAUGUCUUACGCGUCAAUAACAAGCCAGGCGAUAUUGUCCCCUCCCUGCCACCGUUCGUGCCGCCGUUGUUCCCAUACGUUGAUGUGGGAGUGGAGUUGAUAAUCGACACUCGCAAAUCGACCUACUUAAAAAAUAUUGUUAUUGAUUCCCACGCGCAUAACCUGGAAGUUUAUAUGCAUGGAAUUGCAGGGACACAUGGGGAAGAUGGGGAAUUUAAAUUGGAAGUGAAUCGUGAAAUUGCACUUGUAAACAAGACGUCGGAUGCUCUAAAAGAUGAGCUUCUUGUACUUGAUAAUUGGUGGACUACGAAGAACAAGUCUAUGGUCCAAAACGACGACGGCACUUGGGUGUUGAUGGAUCAUGAGAGUGAUGAUAGCCUUAUAAUCAUGCCUGGUUUGAAAAUUGUGUGA